GAACCGUCAUUCGCGAAUCGGCAUUCAGCAAUGGCCAUUUCCGCACUUCCUCUGCAGUUGCCAAGGGAAAGCCAAACACAUUUUUCGUAAACUCAACUCGGGAAACCGGCUUUUCUCAUUUUUCUUUUCCGAUUAGAGCACCGGAAAGAAAAAUUCGUGUCAAAUUUUCAAUAAUCUGAGCCGGUGUUCCUAAUUUCGGAACAAGAAUUUGUAAGAAGACCGGGCAACAAAUAAUCUUCGUUUUUUGUUAAAAAAGCCCCAGAGACGAGAAAAAUGGGUGACGACUGGGACGAUGAUUUUCAGCCUCAAAAAUCGACAAUGCAAGGUGUGUCAGAAGGAGGCACAACUUUCUCAGCCGGAAGAGGCUUCACAGCAGUCCAAUCUAAUGGAGAUGGAGAAGGAUGGGGUAGUGGUGGCGGUGGCGGAGGAGGAGGUGGCUGGGGAGAUAACAAUAGAGGAUCGUCGGAUGAUUUUGGAGGCGGCAGAUCUAGAGGAGGCCGCGGCGGACGAGGCGGCGGCGAACGAAGAGGAGGUGGUGGACGCGGAGGAGGUCGUGGAGGUUAUCGCAACAACGACAAUGGAAACGACGACGAUAACGGCGGCGGCUGGAAAAACAAAGAUUCUGGUGACAGCUGGAACAACAAAGACUCUGGCGGCGGAGGCGGUGGUUGGGGCGAUGGUAACGACACCGAAGACGGUGGUUUUGGCGGUGGCGACAGGGGCAGAGGAAGAGGCCGCGGAAGAGGCCGCGGCGGGUCUCGCGGGGGCAGAGACAACGACGGCGGACACGCCUGGGGCGAGAAAGCCGAAGGUGGGGAGGACGGCGAGCCCGAAAAACCCCGAGAAGUGUACGUACCAGUGGAGCGAGUCACCGACGACGACUUGUUCACCACCACGAUAAGUUCUGGGGUGAAUUUUACUAAAUUGGACGAAAUCCAAGUGGUAAUAACUGGUGAUAAUGCGCCCGCGGCUAUAAACUCUUUUGACGAAUCUGGUCUAAGGCAACAUUUGGUUGAAAAUGUCAAAAAAUCGAAGUACUUGAAGCCUACUCCGGUACAAAAACACGCCAUUCCUAUUAUACUUGCAGGGAGAGAUUUAAUGGCCUGUGCACAAACUGGCUCUGGGAAAACUGCUGCCUUCCUCUUGCCGAUGAUCCACAAAAUACUGGAAAGCCAAGAACCUCCGGUGAGAGAAGGCAACACUGCCAUGCCCCAAGUGGUAGUAGUCAGUCCCACCAGGGAGUUAGCGGUGCAAAUCUACGAACAAGCAAGGAAAUUCUCUUUUAACAGCAUCGUCAAAGUUGCAGUCGCUUAUGGUGGUACUGCAGUGCAUCACCAAAGGAAACAGAUGAUGGCCGGAUGUCAUAUUUUGGUAGCCACUCCGGGAAGGUUGAACGAUUUCGUCAAGCACGGCCAUGUCGGGUUCUCUGCGGUGCAGUUCUUUGUACUGGACGAGGCGGAUAGGAUGCUGGACAUGGGAUUUUUGCCUACAAUUGAAGAAAUGUUGGGUCACGAAACUAUGAAGGCUACGGGUGAACGACAAACCCUAAUGUUCUCGGCCACAUUCCCAGAAGAAAUUCAACAUCUGGCCAGCAAAUUUUUGCACAACUACGUUUUCGUAACAGUCGGAAUCGUUGGAAGCGCCUCCACCGAUGUUGAGCAAAACUUCUUCGAAGUUUCAAAGUUCGAAAAGCGUAACAAACUAUUGGACAUGCUCAGGAACAACACGGAGCGCACGAUUGUGUUUGUUGAGACUAAAAGGAAUGCUGAUUUUUUGGCUACUUUGUUGUGCGAAAACGAAAUGAGUUCGACUAGUAUUCAUGGAGACCGUUUGCAGAGUCAGCGAGAGGAGGCUCUGUGGGAAUUUAAGAAAGGUAUCCGUAACAUUCUAGUAGCCACGGGAGUCGCUGCGAGAGGGCUGGACAUUCAAGGAAUAGAGCAUGUCAUCAACUAUGACUUGCCGAAAAGCGUGGACGAAUACGUCCACCGAAUUGGCCGUACGGGUCGAGUCGGUAAUCGCGGCAAAGCGACCAGUUUUUAUGACUCAGCCCAAGAUAGCGGCUUGGCGGGAGCGUUGGCCAAUAUUUUGAAACAGGCCGGACAAGAAGUGCCGUCCUUCUUGAGCAAUAGCGGUGGCUACGGGGGUGGCGGGGAAGAUAGUUUCGGUGGCCGAGAUAUCCGAGGGGAUGACUUUGGACAAGCCGACAACUUCAAGCAACAGUCGGCUCCGGCAGACGACGACGGUUGGUAGUGCUUGGCUGCAACCAAUUUUUAUAUUAAUAUUUAGGGUAGGUAUGUUUAAAAACGCCGACAGAAUUUAUUUUUAGUUUCUUUUUUUUUCAAUGAAAAAUGUUUAUUUUUGUAUCCUUUUCAUAUACUAGAGUAAUCUCGUUAAGGCCUGGUAUUUUCACUUGCAGAAUUAUUUUCUAUUUUUGUUGUAACAACGGAUAAGAUUUCUAUAUGGGAUAGCAGGAAAUUGGAAAUUUUACCCUUACGAUUUUGCCCAAAAUCUUUGUCAAGAAUUUGAAAUUCGUAUACAGAGUGGUUCCAAAAUUGUUCAUGGGACGGUUUUUGACGUGUUAAAACAAAGCUUGAUAGAAACUGUUCGUAAUUUUUCAAUGGUAAAACUUUCUUUAUCUCAACUAAAAAAAUAUCUGUUAUAUAACUUUAUAUGAAAUUGCCAAUAAUAAGUAUUAUUUUCUAAAUUUCAAAUGCCAAAUAAUGGAAAUUUUUAAUAAAAUGAAAAUCCUGGGCCUAAUAUUUCAUCAUAAAAAUUAAAACCUUAAUUUUUACCUUUUUAUUACUACUCGCACUUUUACUCACAUUCCAAUGCGAAUGCUCCGAUUCUCAUUUUCCCUUGUUAAUUUGUUGACAUUCUCGAUAAAAGAAAUACUGUUAAGUUUUGUACCAUAUAACCCAUGUCUGUGAUACUCGCUGUAAUUUCUAAUGAUAAUUUUAAGGCGAGCUGAUACUAUAAAUUGCGUUAUAUGGUUAUUAUUCCGUUUGAAAUAAGGUGAAUUAUGUGUUUUGCUCAAGAAUUUAUAUGAACAAAAAGUUUUGUAAUUAAGGAUCGCUUUCAUAAUUAGCUUGAACUUGAACCAUUGAUUGGUUUUUUUCAAAAAAUUAAAUGAUUUGAAGUCUUAACUUGCCACAAUAAUAAUUAUGAAAGUUUUUCUUUUUUUUUGGUCGCUUCUGACUAAUUUGGUAAAUUGUGAAACUAGAUUAUGAUCAGUAAAGUAUGUAUUUUUUGGUUUAUUUUCAAUAA